UCCUCACCACACGUCUUCUUGCAACCGCUCUUGUAAUUGAUUUUCCCAGUCCAAACAUGGAGACUUCCAAGACUCCGCAGGGUUUUUGCAACAAGUCUUCAUUCAGCAUCAGCAGCCUGUUGUGGAAGAACGGCGAGACAUCCAGCCUCGAAGACCGGAGCGCACCUGUCGAUAGUAACCCAGUGAUGAAUGAUCAAGGCGAGAAAAGCGGCCAUAAAGCGGACAAACCUCCCUUCAGUUACAAUGCCCUCAUUGUGAUGGCCAUCCGCCAAAGUCCGCAACGACGUCUCACCCUGAGCGGCAUCUACGAGUUCAUCAUGCACAACUUCCCCUUCUACAGACACAACAGACGCGGAUGGCAAAACUCCAUACGGCACAACUUGAGUCUGAACAAGUGUUUCGUCAAAGUGCCGCGCCAUUACGACGAUCCUGGUAAAGGCAGCUACUGGAUGCUGGACUCGUGCAGCGAGGACGUCUUCGUCGGAAGCACCUCCGGAAAGCUACGGCGCAGGACCACACUUGGUCCCGGAACCGGGACCUCGUUUGCACCCAAAGGAGCUGAGCUUCGCGUGAUGUCCACCAGCUCCUUUUACUGGCCGGUGCCACAAUUUAUGCCGCUCCCAGCACCAGUGGAAGCAGAGCAUCGCGUCAGCGCGCACCCUCGCUCGUCACGACCCGUGUGCGCGAGCCCAGGCGGUUCCGGUACGAGCAGCUUUGUGCAAGCCCGCCACGAGAUGUCCUAUGUUGGACUCAGCUGUGCGCAAACCGCAUGGCGACGACAAUCUGGCACCGACUCGUUCUCCACAUCCAUCCCGACCUGCAGCACCUGUUCUCUGCAAGAUCAAAGUUCUCUCCGCAUGAUCUCAGGGCGAGCCAACUUCUUCUACACCAACAAAAUGCCGUGUUAUGACUCAAAGUCAACCAACAAGACGCCCCACGGACAAUUUCUGCCAAGGAGCAGUCACUCGGAACGGUUCAAUAAUGUUUUUUAA